AUGGUGUGGACCUACGGCGGUGGCUUCGCAGCGGGAUCCAAGAGUCAAAACACUCCCGAGGGCGGUCAUCUUGACUGCAUGAGAAAGGUGGAGUUUGGUACCCUUCAAGAUGCUGCCAGUGAGGUUGUCUCCGAGUACAAAUGCCAGUAUCAACCGCGUGUGGACGGCUUCAUCAUCCCGGACACGUACGAGGCCAGUUUGUACCAGGGCCACUUUAACUUCUCAGGUCCAUAUGUGAUUUCGCACGAGCAGCACGAAGCAAACAGUCAAGCCUACUCGGGCGUGGAUGACGUUGACGACAUCCCCACGGAGCUCCGCAUCUUCUUCCCAUCUAUUACAGACGACGUGAUUGUGAACUGUUGGAGCUUUAUCCAGAAGACGACUACACUAGUGCUGGUCUACGGUUCGCUGACAUGA